GGCAUUUCCUCAGCCGGGAGGGAUCCGAUUUCUUUGCUAUGCCGCCCUUGCUCCCCGGCCAGAGGAGGCCAGAGCGCGGCUUGCUGUUCCCGCCGGAGUCCAGAAGGCCUUGGAGGCUCUUACUGAGAGCCGCCGCCGCCCUGGUGCUGCUUGCUCUCUGGCAGGCAGCCGCGGAGCCCCUCCCCGCCACGGUCAGUGCAGAAAAGAGCCUGGUCUGGGGGCCCGGCUUGCAAGCCGAGCUCGCCCUGCCCGUGAGGUAUUUCUUCAUCCAAGCCGUCGGCCCCGACGGACGCAACUUCACGCGCUCCCCGCCAGUAAGCAAACAAUUCAAAGUGACAAUCGAACCAGUCUCUCCGAAAGAAGUCCUCCAGAUCCAUGUCCCUGAGGUGCUGGAUAGGAAUGACGGAUCCUUUCUUAUGCGAUAUCGGAUGCAUGGAAGUGUCAAGGAAGGGCUAAAGGUGGAGAUACUUUAUAAUGAUGUGCAUGUAGCACAGUCCCCCUAUAUUCUGAAGGGACCUGUUUAUCAUGAAUAUUGUAACUGCCCCAAAGAUGCUACGGCUUGGGAGAGAAGUCUUUCAUGUCCAUCAGAGGAACCACAGGUCACAAAGGACUUCAGUGCAUUUCUUAGUAUCGAUCUUCAGCUGAUGUUUAAUGAAGUCCCGCCAAGGUUUGGCCAAAGAACGGGAGCCAUUGUUCAUUACACUAUCCUUGGUAAUCACAUCUAUCGCCGUUCCUUGGGGAAGUACACAGACUUCAGAAUAUUCUCUGAUGAAAUUUUGCUAUCAUUGGCAAGAAAGGUUCAUCUCCCCGACAUGGAAUUUUAUCUUAAUGUUGGGGACUGGCCAGUUGAAUAUCGGAAAGCAGACGACAGCCCCGGACCUCUGCCUAUCUUUUCUUGGUGUGGCUCUGUGGAUUCGGCAGAUAUAGUACUUCCAACCUAUGAUGUCACCCACUCCACCCUUGAAACUCUCCGUGGCGUCACAAAUGACCUCCUGUCUAUUCAAGGGAACACAGGCCCUGUGUGGGAAAACAAAACCGAACGGGGUUUUUUCAGAGGUCGAGACAGCCGAGAAGAACGGCUGUGGCUGGCCCAGCUCUCCAAGGAAAACCCAGAACUGCUGGAUGCUGGAAUAACAAGUUACUUCUUCUUCAGAGAAAAGGAGAGGGAGCUGGGAAAGGCUCCAUUGAUGGGGUUCUUUGACUUCUUUAAGUACAAGUAUCAGGUGAGCGUAGAUGGCACAGUGGCAGCCUAUCGGUUCCCCUACCUCCUCCUGGGCAACAGCCUUGUGAUGAAGCAGGAUUCACAGUACUAUGAACACUUCUACACAGAGCUGAAGCAAUGGCGUCAUUAUGUUCCGGUGAAAAGGAACCUGGAAGACUUGUUAGAAAAAAUAAAAUGGGCCAAGGAAAAUGAUGAGGAGGUCAGAAAAAUAGCUAAGGAAGGGCAGGCAGCGGCAAGAGUAUUACUGCAGCCCCACCGGUUUUAUUGCUACUAUUUCAAAGUCUUCCAGAAAUAUGCUGAACGCCAAGUUGGCAAACCUGAAAUACGGGAUGGAAUGGAAUCUGUGCCUCAGCCAGAUGACAGGACUUCAGUCUGCGACUGCUACAGGGGAAAGCCUUCGAGGGACGAGCUAUAAGUCACUCUGCCAAAUGGGAA